CUUCCCACCUGCCAAUUCUCCAAGUUAAGUUGUCCCAUAAUGGCUCCAAGUUUUUCUGAUUCUGAUUCAAUGUUCAAUUUCGUAGUCCGAGAGGGCAAUGGUGUAAAGGGGAUGGCUGAUUUGGGCCUAUCAAAGGUGCCACAAAAAUAUGUGCAACCCCCAGAAGAAAGAAUAGACAAGCUUAAUGCAACCCUUAAUAAUAACCCACCAAUUGAUUUGUCAAAACUAGGUGGCCCUUGUCAUGACCAAGUGGUUGACGAAAUUUCUGCAGCCGCAGAGACUUUCGGGUUCUUCCAGGUUGUGAACCAUGGCGUACCCGUGGAGCUGCUUGAAGCCUUGAAGGUUGCAGCUCAUAGUUUCUUCGGCCAACCGGCUAAAAAGAAAGCUGCCUAUCGCAAGGGUGUGAGCCCUAGCCCGUUGGUGCAGUAUGGGACAAGCUUUGCGCCGGAGAAAGAAAAGGCAUUGGAGUGGAAGGACUAUCUCAGCAUGGUUUAUUCUAAUGAUGGUGAAGCUCUCCGAUUUUGGCCCGAAGAAUGCAGGGAAGUUGCACUCGAGUUCUUAAGAACAUCAACCAAGAUGGUGAGAAAAUUACUAGAAAUUUUGAUGGGGAAGCUGGGAGUAACUCUAGAUGAAGAGAAAAUAGAUGCUCUAACAGGCUUGAAGAUGGUUAACAUGAAUUUCUACCCAGCAUGUCCAAAUCCUGAGCUCACAGUAGGCGUGGGUCGCCACUCAGACUUGGGAACCCUCACAGUGUUGCUGCAGGAUGGAAUUGGUGGGCUAUAUGUGAAAGUGGAAGAAAACAUGGAAGGCAAGAAAAAGGGUGAGUGGAUGGAGAUCCCACCAAUCCCUGGUGCUUUGGUCAUCAACAUUGGCGAUACAUUACAGAUUGUGAGUAAUGGAAGGUACAAAAGUGCUGAACAUAGAGUGCGAACCACAAGCACCCAAUCAAGAGUGUCCAUCCCAGUUUUUGCAAUCCCAAAAGGAACUGAGAAAAUUGGACCAUUGGCUCAAGUGGUGAAGAAGGAUGGUGUGGCUCGUUACAGAGAGGUUAUGUUUGAGGAUUAUAUGAACAAUUUCUUUGGUAAUGCUCAUGGAGGAAAGAAGUCCCUUGACUUUGCACGGAUCUAUUAGCUAUAGCUUCACCCCAGCUCCUGUUUUAUGUCAUAUUUACUUUCUUGUUUA